GUCUGCGCGUUUACUUACGAUAAAUUGCCACAAGUAACCGGACGUGAAUUUGAUUAAGUCAAUAAUGUCAAAAGCUUGGGAUUCGACGUGUGCAGAAAGCGACGGUAGCUCGGCUACUAGCGGUGGCGGGAAUUACUGAUUUCAGACGAAACACUAACAUCAAACGGCAAUUGACCGUGAACUUAACGAAAAAACACCAACACGUCGAUAAUUCAAGACGUAGGAAAGACAAAUAGACAACGAUACGAGACAACUGGUAACGAGUUAUGAUUAACGAGUAACGACUACAAGUCUAUAACGUAUAAUUCAGAAUAUGAACGCAAAACGGCUACGGGAUGAACCGUGGUAAACACGUACAGUUUUUAUGAAUUAUGAAACUGGAUGAUGAAAUACGGAAACAACGUGAAUAAAAAAAUGGACACUGAAGGGGCCAAUGAAAUAAGCGAUCAGUAGUAUGGGUCAGCAGUGUGACCAACGCACGGGCGUAUCGCAUAAGGCAUAACCUCAAUGUUUUAAUAAUAUUAUGAUAUUAAUUUUUAUCUCCUCCAAUAGUUUCAACAAUAACAAGCUGUUAUCUUAUCGUCAUCACAUUUCUAAUAGUAUUUAACACGAGCUGCCUAAAACUAUUAACUUUAAAGUUUAGGCAUAAGCCAAGAAAAUUAGAUCUUUACUUUUUUGAAAUGUCAUCUUUUAAUGAAGAAAUAAGUUCUAACGACGAAGUUGGUUCCGACGAAGAAAUGGUUUCCAAUGAUGAAAUAGAUAGUGAAGAAUAUGGUUCGGACAUUGAAAUUGAAUCCAAUGAAGAAUUUAUUGGUUCUGAUGAUGAAGAAAACUAUUCUGAAGAUGGAUCAAGUUCACAGGAUAUUGCCAAACCUUCAGCUGACAUGGAAAAGGCACAGAUUGUUAUUGCACAUAAGGAAUUUUAUGACAAUUUAUUACUCCUUCGCAUAAAGCUUCAAAAAUGCCUUGCACUUGCCAAUACUCUUCCACAAGACUUUGAUAAAAUCACCGAGGAAGACAAGGAAGUAUGCACCUAUGACACUGUAAAAGAUUUAGAACAGUAUUUGACAAUGGUAGUAAAAUAUCAAACAGAAUUACUUGCAAAGAAUCAAAAUAUUAAAAUGAUUGAUAAAGACAAAGCUAAUGUGUUGACAAAUAAGCUGAAUCAUAAAGACUUUGAAAAUGUCUUGCAAGCACACCAUGAAAUAUUCAAACCUUAUAGAAACGAGACCAUACAGUUUUGGAAUGAACGAACAAAGCUCGCAUCAGGAAAAGCUGCAAAAUCAGAUUUCUCUGCUUUUGACCAACCUACAUUGUUACAAAUUGAUCAAAUAAUGGCUGAUAAGACUAGGUUAAUUGAACGUACUCAAAUCAAACGGUCCAAAUAUUGCAUUGUUGGUAAUCCAGAAUCAAUAAACAAUGAUGUUGAUCAGGAAAUAUUUGAUGAUGAUGAUUUCUAUCACAAAUUACUUAGGGACUAUAUUGAAAAUAAAACCGCUGAUGUUACAGAUUCAACUCAACUUGGAAAACAAUGGUUACAAUUACAAAAACUGAGGAGUAAAAUGAAACGUAAAAUUGAUACCAGAUCAACUAAAGGAAGAAAGCUCAGAUAUACAGUUCAUACAAAAUUGAUGAAUUUCAUGGCACCCAAUGAUCAAUCCUCGUGGUCAGAUGAAGCUAAACAGGAUUUAUAUAAUUCUUUAUUUGGUAAAAAAAGUACUGGAUGACAUUCGAUGUAAUAAAAUAAAUUUAUUAUCAUA